GGCACCGAAGGUGGGGCCCGGAAGGUCUGUCUCUGCCGGGCACAUGGUUUGGGAUCUGCGUUUAUAGAAAGGCUACAGUGAGACUUUAAGGGGCGUUAGCGAAGCACCUACGAGUCUCGAAGCGGUCUCCCCGUCCCUGGAGUUCGAAAUGCUUUACCUGAUCGGCUUGGGCCUGGGAGAUGCCAAAGACAUCACGGUCAAGGGCCUGGAAGUUGUGAGACGCUGCAGCCGCGUCUAUCUGGAAGCCUACACCUCAGUCCUGACUGUAGGGAAGGACGCCCUGGAGGAGUUUUAUGGAAGAAAAUUGAUUCUUGCUGACAGAGAGGAAGUGGAACAAGAAGCAGAUAAUAUUUUUAAGGAUGCUGAUGUCAGCGAUGUUGCAUUCCUGGUGGUGGGCGAUCCAUUUGGGGCUACAACACACAGUGAUCUUAUUCUGAGAGCCACAAAGUUGGGAAUCCCUUACCAAGUUAUCCACAAUGCCUCCAUAAUGAAUGCUGUAGGCUGCUGUGGCUUACAGCUGUACAAGUUUGGAGAAACAGUUUCUAUUGUUUUUUGGACGGACACUUGGAGACCAGAAAGCUUCUUUGACAAAGUGAAGAAGAAUAGAGAAAAUGGCAUGCACACGCUGUGUUUACUUGAUAUCAAAGUGAAGGAGCAGUCUCUGGAGAAUCUCAUCAGGGGAAGAAAGAUCUAUGAACCUCCUCGAUACAUGAGUGUGAACCAGGCAGCCCAGCAGCUUCUAGAAAUUGUUCACAAUCAGAGAGCACGCGGGGAAGAACCAGCAAUCACUGAGGAGACACUCUGUGUUGGCUUAGCCAGAGUUGGCGCUGAGGACCAGAAAAUUGCAGCAGGCACUUUACAGCAAAUGUGCACAGUGGACUUGGGAGAACCAUUGCAUUCUUUGGUCAUCACGGGAGGCACCCUGCACCCACUGGAGAUGGAAAUGCUAAAUCUUUUCUCCAUACCGGAAUCCCAAAGUAUCAAUGGACUCUGAACAUGGACAUUUUCUGUUGUCUCACAUUAAUUCCAGUUAGAUUGUAUGUACUAUAUUUAUACGACAAAUGGCAUGGUCUGUUAUUUAUCUAGAAAGUGUAACAAGUGACCAAGAGGAAGCAAGCUGAACCAACAGCGUUUGGUUCCUGCAGCAGUUUUCCCGUUUCAUCAUGCUGUUGCAGCACCCGUUGGCUCCUUGUCAGGGAGCAGACCAAGCUGAAGAACUGUGGCUAGACGUCCAAAGAUGUAACUUGGAGGAAACUGGAAUAUGAAUCACAUAAACCCUAUUUUUAAGGGAUAAAGAAGCACAGAGUAGCAAG